AUGUACCUACAACUCAUACACAGAUCUUUCAUCGUCGUGUGGCUCAUAUGUAUACGAGCCGCGUUGGCUGAUCAAUUCACAUAUAAAGCUUGCUAUGCAGCUAGUGACAUACGAAAAUUGGGGCUGACUUAUAAGGGCGUUUACGAGUAUCAAUCGGUUUCCUACUGUGAAAACGAAUGCCCUGGCCAGGCUGUCGUUGCUCUUUUCAAUGGUACAGGUUGCUACUGUGGUGGUUCCGUAUCUCAGUUACAGUCUUUGACGCAGCUAGAUUCCAGCAAAUGUGACGUUACGUGUGCUGGUUGGCCCUACCAAAAUUGUGGUGGUUCUUCUGCAAUGAAUGUUUAUAUCAAUAACGCUGCCUCUACCGCGGACCCAACUUCAUCUACUUCAACUUCAACAUCGUCAACAAAAACUUCAUCAAGCACAAGUGUUAAUUCAAAAACGUCCACGAAAUCGGACACGAAAACCUCAACUAGUUCUUCUGCUACACAAUCAUCCUCUUCCUCAUCUAUAACCUCCACUACUACUUCCUCUUCAGAGACAACCUCCUCUUCCUCCUCUACUAGUACUUCUACUACCUCCACUAGUAUUUCCACUACUUCUACUACUUCUUCUACUACCUCUAGUACUUUUGCCUCUUCCAGUUCAGAAACGUCCUCUACGCUGACAACUUCUUCAUCCACUGCGUCAUCUUCAUCCUCAACUUCAACAGCAACGGUUACCUCCGCCCUCUCAUCCACUUCAAUAGGUACUUCUACGCAUUACACUACCCGCGUGGUGACGCAGUCCGUGGUUUCUCAAGCUAACCAAGAAGCAAGCACGAUCUUUAUCACAAGGACCUCCGUUUAUGCAGCAGUUUCAUCUACACCAUCCUCUACUAGCACUUCCCUAAACGGGAAGUCAAACUCUUCCAAGAGUAAAGGAUUGAGUGGUGGUGCCAUCGCAGGUGUAGUAGUAGGCGUCGUUUGUGGUACACUUGCCUUGUUGGCACUGGCCAUAUUCUUUUUUGUAUGGAAGAAACGUCGCCAAUCUUCUCAACACGUGGACUUGGAGGAGACAAAACAGUACCAGCCGUACUCAUUGGGUGAUGCUGACGCUAACCCUGUUAUUCCUCCGUCUACUUCAAGCUCCAACUGGCACAUACCCUCUAGAAAUAAUACAGCAUUGUCAAAGAAUACAGCGUCUACUUUUGCCACUUACGAUCUGCCGACAAGGGUCCCGGGCGGCAGGGAUUCUGUCAUUACUGGUGAUGCACAUAACAUCAACAAAAGAAGUCACUUUCCUUCGGUGGUGUACGAGGAACCUCCUUCGAUCUAUAACGGAAACCAAAGAUUCAGUGCUACUUCAUUGCCCGAUAUGAUGGAAGAAAGACAACUACACAUUGUCAAUCCCGAUAAUGUGAGUUCGAAUAUUGGCAGCAAUGUCUCAGAUGGUGAUGAUGAUUAUGAUGAUGCAAAGGAUUCCAAUAAUAGUUCUUUGCGCUGA